ACGCGACGCCGGCCACCUGUGCGCGCCUCCUCCGCUGAGUGGCCGGGGAGGCCGCUGGUCCGGUCCCGGAGCAUCAUGAAGCCCAACUUCUCUCUGCGACUGAGGGUCUUCAACCUCAACUGCUGGGACAUUCCCUACGUAAGCAAGCACAGGGCCGACCGCAUUGAACGCCUGGGAGACUUUCUGAACACGGAGAACUUCGACCUAGCCCUCUUAGAGGAGGUGUGGAGUGAGCAAGACUUCCAGUACCUAAGGCAGAAGCUGGCUGUGAUAUACCCAGCUGCACACUACUUCAAGAGUGGCAUCAUUGGCAGUGGCCUCUGUGUCUUCUCCAAACACCCAAUCCAGGAAAUCUGCCAGCACAUCUACACCCUCAAUGGCUACCCGUAUAUGAUCCAUCAUGGUGACUGGUUCUGUGGGAAGGCCGUGGGGCUGCUGGUGCUCCAUCUCAGUGGAGUGGUGCUGAAUGCCUACGUGACCCAUGUGAGUGAAGCCAGCAGUGCCCAGCUGUGCUGCAUGAGGCUGCAUGCCGAAUACAACCGACAGAAGGACAUCUACCUAACACAUCGUGUAGCCCAAGCUUGGGAACUGGCCCAGUUCAUCCACCACACAUCCAAGAAGGCAGAUGUGGUUCUGUUGUGUGGGGACCUCAACAUGCACCCAGGAGACCUGGGCUGCUGCCUGCUGAAGGAGUACACAGGCCUACAUGACGCCUACCUCAAGACCCAAGACUUCAACGGCCCUGAAGAAGGCUACACCAUGAUAAAGCAGAACUGCUACGUCAGCCAGCAGGACCUGGGCCCAUUUCCCUUUGGCAUUCGAAUUGAUUAUGUGCUUUACAAGGCGGUUUCUGGGUUCUACAUCUCCUGUAAGACUCUCAAGACCACUACUGGCCAUCACCCCCACAAUGACACCCCACUCUCUGAUCAUGAGGCCCUCAUGGCAACUUUGUGUGUGAGGCAUGGCCCCCCUGAACAGGACCCCAGCCCUCCCCACGGACCAGCAGAGACAUCAUCACUGAUCAGAGUGCUAAGGGAGGCCUGGAUGGAGCUGGGGCUGGGCAUAGCUCGAGCUCGCUGGUGGACUGCCUUCGCCAGCUAUGUGACUGGUCUGGGGCUGCUUUUCCUGGUGUUACUGUGUGUGCUGGCAACAGGGGAAGGGGCCAGGGAAGUGGCCAUACUGCUCUGGAGCCCCAGUGUAGGACUGGUGCUAGGGGCAGGUGCAGUCUCCCUCUUCCACAUGCAGGAAGCCAAAAGCUUAGGUAGGGUUCAGGCUGAGCUCCAGCAUGUGCUGGGAAAGGCAAAGGAGGCCCAGGACUGUACCCAGAGCCUCAGCUAGCCCCAUUCCUGGGCCAGCUGGACAAGGACAGAGCUGAGGAAUAAUAAAGCUUGAUACUUCA